AUGAGAAACCUGAACCAGUCCAGCAUCUCUGAGUUCCUCCUCCUGGGCCUCUCCAGGCAGCCCCAGCAGCAGCAGCUCCUCUUCCGGCUAUUCCUGACCAUGUACCUGGCCUCUGUCCUGGGGAACCUGCUCAUUGUCCUGGCCAUCAGCACCGACAAUCGCCUACACAUCCCCAUGUAUUUCUUCCUCAGCAACCUGUCCUUUGUGGACAUCUGCUUCUCCUCCACCUCUGUCCCCAAGGUGCUGGCUAAUCACAUGCUUGGUAGCCAGGCCAUCUCUUUCUCUGGCUGUCUCACACAAAUGUAUUUCCUUUUUAUGUUUGCUGAUAUGGACAAUUUCCUCCUGGCUGUGAUGGCCUAUGAUCGCUUUGUUGCCAUCUGCCACCCCUUAUAUUACAGCACAAAGAUGACUCAUCAGCUCUGCGCUGUGCUGCUGGCUGGAUCUUGGGUUGUUGCCAACCUGAAUGCUCUGUUGCACACCCUGCUGACGGCUCGGCUCUCAUUCUGUGCAGACAAUGUGAUCCCCCACUUCUACUGUGAUGUGAUUCCCCUCCUGAGACUCUCCUGCUCAGACACACAUCUCAAUGAAAUGAUAAUUCUUUAUGAAGCAGGGCUGAUCAUGAUAGCUCCAUUUACUUGUAUUCUGGUGUCAUAUAUCCUUAUAGUGUGGGCUGUCCUGAGGGUCCCAUCUAGGAGAGGAAGAUGGAAAGCCUUCUCCACCUGUGGCUCCCACCUGGCUGUCGUUUUCCUCUUCUAUGGCACCAUAAUAUCUCUGUAUUUCAACCCUUCAUCAUUUCACUCAACAGAGAAAGAUACCGCAGCUGCCAUGAUGUACACAGUGGUGACUCCCACGCUAAACCCUUUCAUCUACAGCCUGAGAAAUAAAGACAUGAAAAGGGCUCUAGGAAAAGUCAUUACAAUAAAGUUUUUCUCUACUUAA